GUUUUCCUUGUUUUCAGUUGUUUUACACCUUGGUAUAGCCUGCUUAAGGUUUCUUCUAUGAGGUAUCAAAGCAUAUGCAGCUGUUGAAGCAUAGGAGAUUCUUCCUCUUUUCUCUCUUAAAAAGGGUUUGGUGCAGUUCCAUUUAGCUGUGCCACGAAGGCCUUUUCUUGUUUCUCCUUUUCUUCAUCUUUUUUCUGGAAAAAAAAUAUAUUGGAAUCUUAACUUGAACGUUUCCUUUUCUCUUGCCUGUUGAGAUCGAGUUGAGAUCUCUUGGAAAGUCUAGUGGAGAUACUAUUAUCCUACCGCAUGCAUUUCUUCAUCUUUUUUGUACGUAUUUUAUAUAGAAUUGUGGUAUGUCAAUCCUAGAUGCAUGUUAGUCUUUUGAUUGGUUAUGCUCCAAUUAUUCGCUCUUGAUUGUACAUGAUUCCCUUCUACUAGUUGAAAGUAAAACAUAGAUCUCCUUCGAUUGGUUGAGCUCUCUCUCUCUCCUUUUCCCAUCCAUUGUUUUUCCCCAUCUCCUUCUGAAAUUAAAGCAAUUUGAUGAUGAAAGGGUUGGGAAUUCAGCAGCAACAAGUGGUGGAGGAGAAUAUGUCCAACCUCACUUCUGCCUCUGGUGAAGCCAGUGUCUCUCCACAUCAGCAGUCUUCUUUUGCCUCUAUAAACCCAAAUCCAGUCAAGAAAAAGAGGAGCCUUCCAGGAAACCCAGACCCGGCUGCUGAAGUGAUAGCACUGUCCCCGAAGACAUUGAUGGCAACAAAUAGGUUUGUGUGUGAGAUCUGCAACAAAGGUUUCCAGAGGGACCAGAACCUCCAGCUCCACAGAAGGGGUCAUAACCUUCCAUGGAAGCUGAAGCAGAGAACCAACAAGGAGGUGAGGAAGAAGGUGUACAUCUGCCCAGAGGUCACAUGUGUGCACCAUGAUCCUUCCAGGGCUCUUGGGGACCUCACUGGGAUCAAGAAGCACUUCUGCAGGAAGCAUGGGGAGAAGAGGUGGAAAUGUGACAAGUGCUCCAAGAAAUAUGCCGUUCAAUCUGAUUGGAAAGCCCACACCAAGAUCUGUGGCACAAGGGAAUAUAGAUGUAACUGUGGAACCCUCUUCUCAAGAAGGGACAGCUUUAUCACCCACAGAGCUUUUUGUGAUGCAUUGGCUGAAGAAAGUGCAAGAGCCAUCACAGCGAACCCUAUGGUUGAUCACCAUCACCUGCUGUGCUCUCAGCCCACAGCAUCGCAUGAACUCUCUGCUCCAAAUACUAGCAUACAACAAGCCCAGUUCCCUCACCUGUUGAGAACCACAGAGGCCGGCACCAGCACUGCAAGCAGUCAGGGUCUCCAAGAUCUCUCACUAAAAGGAGAGCACCAGAAUCAAGACUUCAGCAUCAGGCCAGAAAUCCCACCGUGGGUAGCCUGUCAAGGCCCUGGCCCACCACUAGACCUCCCUCCCUUCAUUUACUCAACAAUGUUGGGACCUGAGUUACGAAAUGAGAACCAAACCCCUCACCCUCCGCUGUACCAAACCUCGGCAGCCACCCCUCACCUGUCAGCCACUGCACUGCUUCAGAAGGCAGCUCAGAUGGGUGCAACCAUGAGUAGAAACCCUCACACUGGUCAGAUCAGUGCUACUCGUUUUGGCCUUGGCUUGCCAUCACACCAGGAGAUGGGUGGGGGUGGAGAUGAUGGUCUUGUGCUCGAAGAUAUGGUGAUGGCUUCCAUGUCAUCAGCUCCUGGUCUUGGUGGAGGGCCUUUUGAAGGAGCCUUGGGUGGAAUGCUGGGAUCGAAGAGAGAGGGGAAUGGUGUUGAGGGCCUGAUAAGAAGCCAUGGAAGGAUUGAAGGAGGGGUAGGUGGCGGUGGUGGUGGAAAUGAUGGAACGACAAGAGACUUCCUGGGUCUCAGGGCAUUCUCCCAUAGGGAGAUUCUCAGCAUUGCUGGGCUCGACCCCUGCAUGGCCUCCUCUUCAUUUGAGCAGCCCCAGAAGAACAAGGCACCAUGGCAUGGGUAGUUACUCCAACGGAAACUGGUAUAAACGGCUUUUUCUUUCGUUCGAUCUAAACUUUUCAUAGGAAAAAACAGUGGGUUAAUAUCCUUUCGCUACCUCUCUC